GGGAUGUACUCUUUAGUACUUUGAUUACUUACACUUUAUAACAAGGAGGAAACUCCUUGUUUAACGCGUUUGUUCGAAAGCGAUGGGGCUUAUCCGAACCAUCGCUCUUGUGAUCCUGGGAUUUUCUAGCUUCGUAUUCGUUGUUCUUUUUGGGAGGCUGCCAUUUUUCCGGAAAACCCCAAUUGGCUUUGUCUAUCGGUUUGUAUGGAUACAUGUCCCUAAUGGAAUAUCAUACCUAGAUUCCCGUUUGUUCGGCGGGAGAGUCCUGGGGGUUUGGAAUCGGGCUGGUAGCUAUGUACUCUAUGAAAACCACCCACUUGUUCUCGUAUUCUUUACGGCAAUACUGGCCAGCGGUGAGCUCAUAUUCAUACCGAGUGCUUGGCCUAGAGUCUCUGUGAUCCACCGGCUUUGCAUUCCUGUCGCUAUAGGACUUCCGUAUUAUUUUCUAUAUGCGAGUGUUGUCACUAAAUCCUUUAUCACUGCGGACAAUCACGCAGAGGAGAUGGGACGCUAUCCUUACGACAAGGCCAUAUUCCACCCUGGGCAUACUUGCGAAACCUGCCUUUUUCUCAAGCCAGCAAGAAGUAAGCACUGCAGCUUCUGCAAAGGCUGUGUUUCUCGGCAAGAUCAUCAUUGCGUAUGGCUCACCAACUGCGUUGGCCUUAACAACUACCGUUACUUCCUGUCGCUUUUGCUGUCUUUAAGCGUCAUGUUGACCUACGGCGCAUUACUUGGUUAUUCUCUUUUGUCUCAAACCUUGGACGAUCUCGUACCUCCAAACUCCCCAGCGCGCGCCAGAAAACAAAGCUGGCCUACAUUUUUCAACAUAUGCGCUGGAAUAAUAGCAUAUGAUACGCGCAUUGGGGCAGUUACGAUGCUAAUGUUUAUGACAGCCCCUCUGGCUGCAGCCUUUCUUGUCUACCAUACAUAUCUUAUCUGGGCGGGAAUGACAACAAAUGAGAGCGCAAAAUGGUCGGAUUGGAAAGAUGACGUGGCCGAUGGAAUGGCGUUCAAAUUUAUUGGCGGUCAUAAAAGAAGCGAGUCUUCCUGUCCCGAUUCUCCUGAGGCGGAGUUUUCUUGGCCUGUGAGCAGCGAUCAAAUACUUGUCCUUACGGAGGGAGAGCCCCCUAAAGAAGGACAUAGUGUUCACCGAAGCUCAAAUUAUAUUAUGCAGCCAGAUGAUCCCGAUGCAGCCGUCGACCAGAGAUUUGUUCAAAUCAAAGACAUGAAGGAAAUUGACAACAUUUACGACUUGGGGUUUUGGAAUAAUCUGUGUCAUGUCUUUCAAGCCCGUUCUGCGCAGAAGAGUCACCGUAGAUAGGGUCAUUUGGAACAUUACUUUUUGCCGAGAUUUUAUUCUUUUUUAUUUUCAUCUGAAGACGCCUACGGUGUAAUGGUAGUAUACUUCAU